CCAGAUACACAUAUGAGGAUCUGUUGGAAGGAUUUUUAUGAGGAAGAAAAGGAGUUUUGACCACCUAGAAUGUCAAUGAAACGACAAAAUCAACAAUAUAUGUUACACUUGUUUGUAGGGAAUUAUUAAACAGUGGGAAACAAAUGAAUUAACUGUAUGAUUCCGUCUUUCCACACGUUUCUCUUCUUGUGACUUUCCACCCGUUUAUAGCUGCGUGGAUGCACUUGUAUCAGAACAUUGAGUGACCUGGUGCUUACACAUCUGGAAAGAAACCGAAAUAAUCUCUUGUGUUUAAAUUACUUCUCAGUUUUAAAAUGUUGUAUCAGCGUGUUCUUAAGAUUCCGUCAAGAACAAUAUUUGUAUCGGAAUGUGGGCGUAAGAAAACAGUCAAGAUUUGUGGAAUGUAAUGGAAGAGAAGUAACCCAAAAGGGGUCCUGGUAUAGAACUUCAGACAGCAGCGAGGCUUAAAGUUCACAUCGUGCGGUGGCAUCAACCAGAAAAUAGAAGUCUAGGUGGAGAUAUAUAGAGAGAAAGAAUGUGGGAAAAAAAGAACACACACACAUAUAUAUACAUCGAGAGAGAGAGAUUGUUAUCUGCGACCCCACUACCCACAGUAGUACCAAGUGUGUAAGGUAAAGCAAACAAAAUUAUGUUAACCCUCGAGCUGAGCUCGUCAUCUCGUGACAGAGAAAAAUAAUUAUUGUGAAACCGACAAUUUCUUGAUUUCCGGUCGUCAGCUUUGAUAGUUUGACGUUCAAAGAGAAUGCUACAGAUAAGAAUGCUUCGAUCUAUAACUUGUCUCUUAGCUAAUUGCGUUUAUCGUUUUUAUUCGUAAUUAACACAAAACAGUUGUUUUACGUUCGCGUAAUUAGUUCCAAAUUUCGCGCUCUUUUCUGCGAAAUAUACCAAGAACAGUUUUUAGGUAUAUUUCGCCAUGAAGAAAUCCAUGGAUGGACAUGUAUUUUUUGUGCUUCUUUGGGUCAUUAUAAUUUUAAGACACAGUUCACUAGUGUUUAGUAGUUUUAGCCCAUCAGAAAAGUUAAGCCUAAGUUUAAGGUCAGUGAGCAGAACAGCUGAACUACGACCUAAACGUGACACUGAAUUUACGUUUUUUGACGACGACGUCCGUGAACUUCUCCAGCAAGAAGACUAUGUCUCAGCCGUUCUAGAUUUCAUCGAAUUAACGCACAAUCGCAGCCAUUCGCAACAUUGUACGCGGACUUCUUUGAAAGCUCAUUUUAGGUACGACCUGUCUAAUCGGUCUUUCGAACCUUUUGAAAGGCAAGCGUUUGCUGCUCUUAAAACAGCAAAUAUUCUGACGAAUCUUUUUUUGAAAGAUUCACAAGACAAUGAUAUACUUUAUAACGAAGAAUUUUAUUACUCUUUAGUGAAAGUAAACGUGGAGAGUGAUCCUUUAAUAUACGCCAGUGGUGUUGGCUUUCAAAGAGGCUUUUUCCACCAUCGUGGAAAAAGCUCGCGACUUCUGUUCGCUCCGUACGCGUUUAAACAAGAUGGUUACGUUGAAACGCAGGACCUAGCGACCGCGUAUAACGUUUCGUACGACGAAGACGGCUCUGUUGGAAACGAAUGGUUCUGGCAACAUUCGUUAAAGAAUUAUACCGAAUUUAUUCAACGGAAGACCAACACAGACCACGGUGUUCCUUUUUCAUCGUUCCCUAGUGGUGGAAGCGAUCUUGUGGUUUCGUUUUCUGACGGCAGGUGGACGUCUCCGUAUUUUGAAUGUGGUGGUGAAAAUACGUGGAUAAUUUCUUUUUCGGCGCCAUUUUUCGGACUACACGAAAACACCACGCUUUUUAGGUAA